AUGCUCAAACGUUUACACUCACGAACUACCGCCCAACCUGAGGUCUUAAUAGAUGAUGAUGGCAAAAUUGACAAGCAACAGACACAAUUCCAAGAGAAACCAUCAACAGUGAAUGAAUUCACACAUAUUGGUAUACUAUUCUUAGUGGUAAGAGUCAUUCAAUAUUCACUUAUUCUACUCACACCAUUGUCCUCAUUUGAUAAUUCGACAAAGUUAUUACUGAAUACAUACGCCUCUGAAGAAGAACAAAACAAAUUUAUUAAUAAACAUUUAAUAAAUAAGUUAUUAUCAUGGGAUUCGGUAUAUUUUGUUAAAGGAAUGAUGUCGAGUUCAUCACUACCUCAAUAUGAACAUGAAUUUGCAUUUUCUAUCACAUGGACAAAUAUCCUUAAACAUGUAUAUCAAAAGUUGCAUCUAGCACAUGAAUAUGAACCAGUCUCAUUUUAUGGUAUCCUGAAAAUGGGUAUUAUUUUAGAAAAUAUACUUCAUUUUCUUUCAAUAAUUAUCCUCUAUCACUUGACAUAUCUCGUCUUCAGCCCAAAGGGUUCAAUUACGCAUAACAGGUAUGCGGCGCAAAUGGCUAAGAAGACAGCUAUAUUACAUGUAGUCGCGAGCGCUGGUGGAUUUUUAUUAGGCAUAUACUCUGAACCGUUAUCAUGUUUAUUGUCCUUUAUGGGUAUGUUAGCCAGGGAACAUUGUACGAAGGAUGUUACAUACAAAUAUUCAUUCAUGAACCCUAUCAAAUCGUUUAUACUUUACACGAUUGUCUCCACAAUAUGUUUUAGUGUUGCAACAUGGAAUAGAUCAAAUUGCAUUCUUUUGGGCAUCUUUUAUCUUUAUGACCUUUUGCAAUUGAUGAAAAUCAAAUCUUAUAAAAGAGCAAUCCAGUUUCCAUUAUUAUCUGGUCUUUUAAUGUUAAGUUCAAUUAUGAUUCAACAAUAUUAUAUUCCAUACAAGAAGUUUUGUCCUGAAAGAGGUGAAUGGUGUCUAACAUCAAUUUUCCCUAAUACAUAUUUGUCGUUCAUUACAAAGGAGUCAUUAUAUUCUUACAUUCAAUCCCAUUAUUGGAAUGUCGGGUUUAUGUCAUAUUGGACUCCAAACAAUAUUCCAAAUUUUUUAUUUGCAUUGCCAAACUUGAUCAUCAUUCCAUAUGCAUCAUUUUAUUAUUCAUGGAUUUAUCCACUACAUAAUUUGAGACCUCUUAUUCUAAUAUCUGUGGCCUUUUGGAUUCUAAUGUUAUUUGUUGCGAAUACUCAAAUUAUUAAUCGUGUGACAACAUUCAUACCUUUACACCUAUGGUAUAUAUCAGAUCGAUUAGUUAAAAACACAGGUGAUCAUAAGAUGGAAUCUGUGACAAAAAAUGAUGAUUUAUUGGUAAAAUAUUAUAUAUAUUGGUCGGUUAUAUGGUUAUUAGUACAAACAAUAUUAUUUGCCAGUUUCUUACCACCUGCAUAA